CUUUAAUCCCGAGGUUCUUCUUUUGAAGCCUUCUCCCUCCCUCUUCUUCGUCUCUACAGUAACAUAGUUGGCGUGUUCUUGUCAUAUUUAUUUCUUCCCCUCAAAGAGAAGAGAUAUGCAGCAACCAGAAAAGACACAGUUUUGGCAGGGAAAAAUCAUCUCUUUCUCCACUUAGAAGUUUCCGGCGUCAGCAAGUCGUUUGCUUUGGUUUCGAAUUUGUGCCCCCCAGCUAGGGAUUUUUAAGAGGAGAGUGUGAGACGUCAUGAGCUUGAAGAAUAGAGGAGGAAUAGCUGGCGGAGAGACUUCAACGAGGAGUAUGGUUUCCAAAAAAUGGACCUUUUUGUUUUGUGUCGGGAGCUUCUGCGCUGGACUUCUCUUCACGAACAGGAUGUGGACAAUGCCUGAACCAAAAGACAUCAUCAGGAGAACUGGAACUGAGGAAAAUAAAAUGAAUCUAGUUUCCGGUGAUUGUGAUAUAAAAUCUAUAAUUAAGAAACAAGACUCCAAUGACAUCAUAGGUGAAGUUUCAAAAACCCACGAUGCCAUACAGACGCUGGAUAAAACAAUAUCAAAUUUAGAAAUGGAACUAGCUGCUGCAAAAGCUGCACAAGAAUCAAUUCUUCAUGGUUCUCCACUAUCAGAAACUGCAAACCCUACUGAAUCUUCGAAGAAAAGAAAAUAUUUGAUGGUUGUUGGAAUAAAUACAGCAUUUAGCAGCCGCAAGCGAAGAGAUUCAGUUCGCGCCACGUGGAUGCCACAGGGUGAAAAAAGAAAGAGGCUAGAGGAAGAAAAAGGGAUUGUCAUUCGAUUUGUUAUUGGCCACAGCGCCACCUCUGGUGGAAUUCUUGAUAGAGCUAUUGAAGCAGAGGAUAUGAAGCAUGGGGAUUUCUUGAGGCUGGAUCAUGUUGAAGGGUACCUUGAAUUGUCAGCCAAGACUAAAGCAUACUUUGUUACUGCCGUCUCAAUGUGGGAUGCUGAAUUUUAUGUAAAGGUUGAUGAUGAUAUACAUGUGAAUAUAGCAACUCUGGGAAGUACCUUAGCAAGACUUCGCUCAAAGCCAAGGGUGUAUAUAGGGUGCAUGAAGUCAGGUCCUGUCCUGGCACAAAAGGGAGUGAGGUAUCAUGAACCUGAGCAUUGGAAAUUCGGUGAAGAAGGUAACAAAUAUUUCCGUCAUGCCACUGGUCAGCUGUAUGCUAUUUCAAAGGAUUUGGCAAGCUACAUAUCCAUAAACCAGCAUGUUCUACACAAGUAUGCUAAUGAGGAUGUUUCAUUAGGUUCCUGGUUUAUUGGCUUAGAUGUGCAACAUAUCGAUGAUCGUAGGCUAUGCUGUGGCACCUAUCCAGACUGUGAAUGGAAAGCACAGGCCGGAAACCUUUGCAUCGCCUCCUUCGACUGGAGCUGCAGCGGCAUCUGCAAGUCAGUUGAAAGGAUUAAAGAGGUCCAUCAACAAUGCGGUGAAGGCGAAAAUGCGAUAUGGAAUGCGGUUUUCUGAUGCAUUCGUGGCUCGUUAGAUGAUAGGAACACAGUUUCUUAGUGCAUUGUGCAAGAAGAGGGCUUCUUCGACAAUUCUUAUUAUUAUUAUUUUCUUUUUUUAGAUUAUAUGGAAAAAAUGGUGGAGAUGUAAAGGAGAGGGAGAGGCUGCUUGCCUCCCUCCCACAUUCUUCACCUAUGCUUUGAUGAGCUACUUAUAUUUUGUAAAAUUUAGUUGAAAUCAAUAUAAUUCUGAUUAGUUUGGCAUUCUGCAAUCAUGCAUUGUGGUGAAGACAAGGCUUUAAUGAGUUCGGAGGGGAUGUCAAAGCUUCAUACAUCAUUGGU